AUGAAGUGGACAUUUUUAUUAAUAUUUCUGCAAGCUUUAGUGAUUAAAAGUGAAAUUUUACAAGCAGAAUCUAAAAUUGAUGAAACAGAUAUUGAUAAUUCUUUAAAUAACGAGGAAGUUUAUGAAAAUUCGGAGUUUCUGGAAUAUUUAAGGCAAUUGGAGUUGAAAAACGAGGUGGAAAAUGAAAACUAUGCUGCCAAAGAGUUGCCCAUUGGUCAUGAAAAUUUCAAUAUAUCUCGUGUGUACUGGGGCUUUACCAAUCCCUUUAGCAGCAAGAAUAACAAAAGCAAUAGUCCGCCAAAUAACUUUCUAAGCGAUGACUUCAAUGCCGAUGACAUCAGUUAUGGCAGUUUUGAUAGACAUCCAUGUAGACGGGUUUGUAAGCAGGGAGAAUCUUUGUCCUGUUACUAUCGUUUAGUAGUGCAUAAUUAUCAGACUUUGGGUCCAGAAUGCCAGAGAUGCAUGUACGAUCCCACAACUUGUGAACAGGAGCAGUGUAUUUAUGGUGAUGGUGUGGCCACCGGCGUAAUGGCUGUUAAUAGACAAGUGCCCGGACCCUCCAUGGAGGUGUGUGAGAAUGAUACCAUUAUAGUGGAUGUUUUAAAUUAUUUGUCAGAGGCUUUGACCAUGCAUUGGCAUGGUUUACACAUGUCUCAAACUCCCGAAAGUGAUGGAGCCCCCUUUAUUACUCAAUAUCCCGUGCAGCCCUCGGAAGUUUAUCGUUAUUCAUUUCCCGCCGAUCGUAGUGGCACUGUUUGGUAUCACAGCCACUUGGGUUGGCAACGGUCACUGGGGGUAGCUGGUAGUUUUGUCAUCAGACAAACGAAACAGAAUAACCGUCAUGCCCAUCUGUAUGACUACGAUUUGAUUGAACAUACCCUCGUGAUCCAGGAUACCAUAUACAACUAUGACUACAUGAGACCCCGCAAUAUACUGAUCAAUGGUAAGGGCCGUAAUCACCUAAACAACUGGCCCGAUAAUGAUGCACGCAAUAGAUAUGAACGCUUAAGGGUUUCUCCCAAUAUGCGUUAUCGCAUGCGUGUCAUUAGCAAUGGUGUGUUCAAUUGUCCUUUGGAAUUUUCCAUAGAGAAUCAUAAAAUGUUGAUGAUAGCCACCGAUGGCAAUGAUAUACAACCCAUUUAUGCUGAUAAAUUCUUUAUGUCUUCUGCGGAAAGAUUUGAUUUUGUUUUGGAAGCCAAUCAAUAUCCCGGCAACUAUUGGAUAAAAGUUAAGGGUUACAAUGAUUGUGCCAAUUAUAGUUUAUAUCAGGGUGCUAUUCUGCACUAUCGUGGUUCAUCGCGCAAUAAGGCUCCUUUGCAGCAAAUGUCGGAAGCUUCAUUUGGCCGCCAAAGCCCCGAAACUCGGGUUCAUAUUAAUGCUUUGCCUGAAUUUUACAAUGUGGAUACCAAAGAUUCUACUGCCCUGAAAGCUAAUGAAAUUCCCACCGCCGGCUUAAGAUCUUUGAAUCCUUUACCCUGGCCUCCUUACACCAAAUUCCAAACAUUCUAUUCCAGUUUUGGCACCCGACGCGCCUCGAAUGGUGAAGAUCUCUUUCAAAUUGAUGAUAUAACAUUCGCUUUGCCUCAGGUUUCUUUGCUGCAGGGCCGUAACCUUUACUACGAAGACAAUUACUAUUGCAAUCUUACGGCUUUCCAACAGGCUGGUCGCAAUUGCCAGUAUAAUAAUUGUGAAUGCACGAAUGUUAUUAGAAUUCCAGCGUUUAGGCCGAUUGAAUUGAUUGUCACGAAUUAUAUGGACUCUACACAUCCGUUCCAUACACAUGGUUAUACAUAUCGUUUGGUGGGCCAGGCGAUUUUGGGAAAUGUCAAUGAUUUGAGAAGGAUUGAAGAACUCGAUCGCAGAGGUCUCUUACAGCGCACCCCCAACGAUUUUCCGGCCGUUGAGAAGGACACCAUACAAAUUCCAGCUUUGGGCUAUAUUAUUUUACGUUUUAUAAGUGAUAAUCCUGGUUUUUGGAUGUAUCAUUGUCAUCUAGAGCGUCACGCUUUAAUGGGCAUGGCUGCUGUUCUGAAAGUGGGAGAAAAUCAUCAAAUUAAGAAAUUACCACCCAAGUUGAGGUGUUAGAUUAGUAAUGAGUUAAUAUAAGCUAGAUUUUAAGUAAUGUAUUUAUUUAUUAAAGAUUAUUUAUUAAAAGAAUUAAAUUAACAUCUUAAAAAGAGUAUUAAAUGGAAUAAAAAAAUGCAAUUUUUUAAAAUUUA